UUGUACGCGACUUCCGUGAAUGCGUGCGCACUUCGCAGCAGACGUCGGAAGCUUUCAGACAAGGCCGACGGACACCAAGUGGGGAGCAUUACUCGCACAAUGGUUUUAGUUUGCGCUGGACCUCGCUCCUUUAUGAAUCAAGAAUGAUGUCACUAAAGAAGGAGAUGCCAGUUGACCAGCAGCUGCAUUUGGCUGCACUUCAAGGUAACCUGGAUCAUCUCAGAAAUAUUCUUUCGACUGGGGAAGUCCAUGUUGACUGCAAGGACAAGGAGGGAACAACUCCGCUUAUUCUUGCUGCUGCCAACAACCACUUUGACUGUGUGGUUGAGCUUCUGAACCAGGGAGCAGAUCCCAAUGCCAGGAGGCUGACAGGUACGUGUGCACUGUUCUUCGCUGCACAGGGAGGAUUUAUUGAUAUUGUAAGGCUUCUAUUGGAGCACAAUGCCAUCGUUGACCUACCCAGCUUUGAUGGUGGAACACCAUUGUUUGUAGCAUGCCAGUGCAACCACCAGGAUGUUGUAGAGGAACUGCUAGGCCAUGGGGCAGACAUUCACUCACAGAUGGUGGAUGGAGCCACACCCCUCUUCAUUACAGCUCAAAAUGGUCAUUGUAAACUCCUCAGAUACCUUAUCUCCCAGGGAACAGAUGUCAAUCUGAGACGAAAGGAUGAAGCCAGUGCCCUCUGGAUUGCUUCCCAAAUGGGUCAUGCAGAUGUAGCUAAAGAACUUCUAGAAGCUGGUGCACAGCUUGAUGCAGUGCGAGAGGAUGGAGCAACAUCAUUAUUUAAAGCUUGUCACAAGGGGCAUGCCGAUGUUGUGGAGGUGCUGCUGAAACACAAACCAUACCUUGGGGUUCUCAAGAAUGGUGAGACACCACUUCAUGCCGCAGCUCUCUUUGGACAUCUUAAGGUGGUUUCUCUCUUGCUAGCAGCUGGCAUGGACCCAGAGCUAGUCAACAAGGAAGGGCAAACUGCGUCGGAGUUGGCUUCAGAAGCAGGCUUUGAUUACAUCACACGAUUUAUUGAAAAAUUUCUUCAAACCAACGAUGCCUCUCUUCCAGCAACAAAUGGCUUAAUUGAUGAUUGAUAAUCCAGAUAUGGUUUAGAACACGUCUGUUCUGCCAAAGAAAAAAAAUCCAUUUCAAUUGCAAUGUGUGUGUGUGUGCAUUUAUACUGCCCUCUGGUGCAUUCAUUCUCUUCAGUGAAUAUACUCAUUUUCAAAUUCACUUUAAAAAAAAAAGGGAGCUUGAGUGUAGGCUGAUGCAGACAUGAUGCUGGUCUUCUGAAACUUAAUUGAAGAUAGUCUCUCCUUAUUCCUGUUUGAGUUUAUUCCUUGCUUAAACAUGGCACAUGCAAAUUGCAGCAGUAGCAGCAGUCAUUUUGAGUGUGCAAAGUGGAAAGGGAAAUAAAGCAGAAAUAAUAUAGUUGAAAAUAAUCUGUUUUAAAUGAAUGGAUGACCAUGAGCAGCAACUGCAUGUAAGGCAGACUGAUAAUUAUGAGCAUUAUAAUGAUCAUUAUGGUGGAAGUGGGGUGGGUUGAUUGAGACUUGUCUCUCGUUCAAAUAUUUUUGAGAUCACCUGGAAGAAAAUUGUAAUUUGUUUCAUUGACUGAGGUUUCAAGAAGUCCUUUCAUUUAUUUCUUUUUCCUUCCUUUUUAAAAUCAGACAGCCAUAAUACAGUUGACACUUUCAUGAGCCAAACAUGCUGUGACAUGCACAAUAUCAUUAUAUGUGCAAGGGAUAUUAACACUAAUGAGACAUGUUAAGUGAUUCUGGUUAGGUCUUGAACAGAUUAUUGUUUGUGCACGUAUGUUAUAGUAUAGAAAAGAUUAAAAAAACUCAAGCUACACAAUAUGUACACACAAUAUAUAGACAGUUAUGUCAUGUCUUUCAGAAAUCUAUUCUGAUUUAAAGGUUUCUAACAUCGUUCUAUAAUUCAUUAGAGAAGACUAAUUUUUAGUAUUUUGGUAUAAUUUCAGUCUCCUCAGUUUGUAUGCGAAUGGGAGAAACAGAUCUCUGUUUUUUGCUCAGACAUGUCUUCCCAAGUAGGUUGUAUCUGAAAGUUAUGAUGUAUUUGCACAGACAAGUUUUCUUAACAUGCUCCAUUCUGUUUUAGGAUUGGGAUGAGCUGUAUAUUUUUUAUGGUGGUGGCUGAUGCCGGUCUUGUAAAUGGGCAGUGCAAACAAAAUUGGAUUUUUUUCGGUUUAUCUACCGUAUGACUCAUUUUGGCGUUGGAAUAUGUGUCAUAUAUUUAGGACCAGUCAAUUGUGAUCCUUUGAAAUUAUUCAACCCUUUUCCAUUCUUUGUACUGAUUUGCUUUGGGAUCAUUUUAUAGAAUCUGCUUUAUCUUAGUACUCAAGAAGACUGCAUAUUAAUUUUUUCAACUAUGUAUGUUUGAGUGAAGCAUAAAAAAACAAGUUUUCUUGGAAAGGAAGAGAGAAAUAGAAAAGAGGGAGAGGGGAAAAUGAUGGGCAUGGGUGGGAGAAAGAAAAAGCAAGAUGGAGCUGGCAUAUUGGGAGGAAAGCAACUGUCAGAAUUAUAUAUGUCGUCAUGCUGAAUUCUCCAAUAUUUUUCCUUUUUUAUAGAUGAAGUUUAAGACACCAAUAACUGAUGAACGUCAUAUCUGGUGCAAUAGUUCCAAGCAAAAAUAAUCACUUCAUCUGUUCUUGUUUUAUACUAACGUGUGACCAUCAUUUAGCAAUAAAAUCUCUUGAUAUUAGAGAUCGCUGCUUUUCUGAAAUUUUCACUUAUCGCAGUGGCAGUGCCUUGGACUUGAAGCAGUAGUUUUGGAUUUUUUUGUUCUGUUCAUAAAUACCUUUAUGCCCACGUCCCAUAUUAUUGUGUACAUGAUCAGUUUUUAUGGCUAUAAAUUGUUUAGUUUUGAUGAUUGGCAUGGCUUUGGAUCUGGAUCAGCCUUAAAGUUUUACAUAAUGCCUUUUAUUUUGUUGAAGAAACUUUGCAAUAUGAAUUGGGGUAUUCUUCAAAAAGAAUAUCAUAAAUUGAGUGGAAUUUGUGUAAGUUUUUGUCAUACCACAAAGUGUGCUUUUUAUUUUUUAAAUUAGCAUUUUUUAAGUGCUUGCACACAUUUUUAUUUCUUUAAAAUAUUUGUAUACAGUGACUUUGUGAAUAAAUUGAGACCCUAACAAAUU